AUGCAUCCCCAUCUGGACAACGUGGACAAUGCGGGCUGCGCAGAGGUUAUGGCAGCAUUCGAAGAGUGCCACGCAAAAGGCUUCAUUUGGAAAUCGAUGGGAAUGUGCAACGGAGCCAAGACAGCACUGAACACGUGCUUGAAGGCCGAGCGAGCGAAACGAGUAGUGGCAAAUCGAUCCAACGCACAAGAUAAAAAUGGAAAGAUACGAGCACUCUGGAAAGAGAUCGAUGAACAGUCGUGA